AUGGAAAUAAUAUAUAAAACAAUUGAAGACUUAGCCUUGUUUGAUUGUAUUGUUAUAAACUGUGUGGGCAACAACGCAGAUAUAACAAUUAAGAUAAAUAGAAAUUUUAUUGAUGCCAUUGAUCGAAUUGAACCAAUAUGUGGUCAAACAAUCACUCUAAAAUACAAUAGUAAAUUAAUUGAACCAAUUAAUUUCAGAGUGAUUGAAACAGACUCUAGUAUUCGAACAUAUUGUGUUGUUCAUAGGAAUGAGAAAAAAUAUAUUAUUGGUGGAACAUAUGAACCACUUUUAACAGGUAAGAUAGAUGAAAAUAGUUAUGAAGAUAUAUUAAAUUAUUGUAAGCAAAUGAUUGGGUUUAAUUUCUAUGAUAUAAUUUCACAAGAUUAUGGGUUUAGACCUUAUUUGAAAAAUAGUCCGAGAGUCGAGAUAGAUCAAAGAUAUCCAAAUAUUAUUCAUAAUUAUAGUUAUGGAAGCUCGGGUUUUAGUAGUUGUUAG